AAAGGCAUCUCGUUUGGUCGUCCCACCGUUUUUCAUCAAUCGUCGUCGCAAAAACAAUAGAACAAAAACCCCUGAAAAUUCCUAUACUGCUCAGAGAAAUCUCCUCUUCAGAAUAAACGAAGAAUAAAAACAGCACCACAGCACAGGAGAACCCUAAUUUUCUCUCAGGUCGCCCAUUGAUGGCGGCGACCAAGUCCAAAGCUUCGACUCGGAGGAGUUCAGAGAGCACAAACACGAGGGUUUUGCUCUAUUCGAUGUUGCUCGCGGUUCAAUACGGAGCUCAGCCACUGAUAUCUAAACGCUUCGUCAGGCAAGAAGUUAUUGUGACUACAUCUGUUUUGGCAUGUGAAAUAGUCAAGGUAAUUUGUGCUCUUGUACUCAUUGCAAGAGAUGGUAGUUUGAAGAGGCUAUACAAGGAAUGGACUUUGGCUGGUUCGUUGACUGCGUCAGGAUUGCCAGCAGCAAUAUAUGCACUGCAAAAUAGUUUGUUGCAGAUUUCCUACAAAAAUCUUGAUUCGCUCACAUUCUCAAUACUGAACCAGACAAAACUAAUUUUCACUGCUCUGUUUACAUAUAUAAUAAUGAGGCAGAAGCAAUCAAUUCAACAAAUUGGGGCCCUUUUCUUGUUGAUAAUUGCAGCUGUUCUUCUAAGCGUUGGUGAAGGCUCUAGCAAAGGUUCUUCUAAUAGUAAUCCCGACCUAGUUUUAUUCUAUGGAAUUGUUCCUGUCCUUGUGGCUUCUGUACUAUCAGGUCUAGCUUCUGCACUUUGCCAAUGGGCUUCUCAGGUCAAGAAACACACAUCAUACUUGAUGACUGUAGAAAUGUCUAUAGUUGGAAGCCUGUGUUUGCUGGCCAGUACCUACAAGUCUCCUGAUGGAGAAGCUAUCCGGCGUCAUGGAUUUUUUUAUGGCUGGACUCCACUAACACUGAUUCCAAUUAUAUCCAAUGCUGUUGGUGGAAUACUUGUUGGCCUGGUGACAUCUUAUGCUGGUGGUGUCCGAAAGGGCUUUGUUAUUGUUUCUGCACUUCUUGUAACAGCCUUGCUGCAGUUUGUCUUUGAUGGGAUACCACCUUCAUUUUACUGCCUUUUGGCCCUUCCACUCGUGAUUAGUAGUAUUUCAACAUACCAGAAAUACCCUUACCGCAUUAAGAAGAAGGAAUCCUAGACUACAAGUGUCAUGACAAUACGAGAGGUAAUACAUUGGCCCCAAUUGAUUUGGGUGGCAUUUAGCCUUGCACUGACCUAUAGGCUAUUGUAGGGGUUUAUAUUCCAGAAAUUUUUUGUAAGUGUACACACAUGUACUAGCUUAGGAAACUGAGAAGGGAAAUCUUAGCCUUCUUUCAUCCAAUUGACUGGCAUUUGUAUUGUAUGCACAUUGGCGUGGCUUCUGGCCUAUUCAGUAUAGCAGAAACAUGUAUGAUGAACUGGGAGAAACUUCAAUUGUGUCCGCUUGAGGUAUGAAGCUCUGUUUGAAUCA